AUUCUUUGUACGCAGAUGAUGACGUUUAUCUUGCUGAAGAAGAUUUGAGAAAUGAAUAUGUUCUCAACGAUCAUGGUGUGGUUUACAGAGGCUGGUCGCGAAGAGCAGGUCCAAAUCCAGCCCGUUGGAACUUCGGUCAAGUAUGCUAAACAAAAUACUACUAUUUCCGAACACCAUGUACUGCUAAGGUCAUGCACAUCAAGCAUACAUGUUUGGUAUUAUUUUUUAUAAUGCAUCUUCUUGAAUGCCCCGCCCAUAUUGCUUUAUAUAUUGCAUUUUUCUUCGACGAUUUUACACUGAGUAUAGUAAUGUCUGUACAAGUGAAAGCGUCAUACUGCCUCAAUUCGGUCGCCAAUUAAAACAUGUUUAUUUGAUUUUAAAACCUCGCUUUUACGUCUAUCAAACAAUAGGAACUGGAUGCUACAUUUACAAACGCCAAAUGUGCGAAAAACGUUAGCAUGCAAAACAUGAAAAAACGGUAUAAAAUUUACGCUGGAGAUUUCCAUAAAAAAAAUCUUCCAACAUUUAGUUCUACCGAGUGCGACUCCCAAAACCCGGAUAUUUACCCAAACAUGAAGGAUUUUCAUACAGUAGUUCAUGGGUGCUUUCAAUUUUUCACGGUAUGAACCUGUACUGAAUUGCUUUCGCUGUACGAGAACUGUACACGAUUAGCCAUGUUUGGAGCUGUCCGCAAAGCGAUAAUAUGUUAGGGACCAUUCGUUAUUUAUGACGGGGUUGGGCAAGCAAAACUCAAGUAACAACUAAAGAGAAACAUAACAAAAAUUUAUGGCAAAUUGAUGCAUGUUGGGUAUUUGCGCAUUGCAUUUUAGGUAUAUCUGUUAAUUAAAAUUAAGAAUUUUGCAAGCCACAUGAAUUAAAUUUGCUACCUUGCUUGCUCCGAGCAGUAGCAAUAAUCGUUACAAGUCAAAUUUUCCCCCACUAUAAUAAAAUAACUGGACCCCCUUUCUAACCCAAUAUUUUUAGGUGUCCCCUCUUUUUCAGUCAAAAAUACCUGAUGACCUACCCCCUCUUUUGCCACUCUACCCCUGUCAUAAAUAAUGAAUGGUCCCUUAUAUUAUAUAGGUGGUUGCUUUGAUUUUUAAAUCGCAGCUUGAAAGAGCAUCACAAAAUUAGUAAUAUUCCAAAGUUUUGUUGCAGAAUCUUGUAAAAUGCGGAUAAUAUAGCCUUGCAAAGUUUGCCGUUUUUCAGUCAUUUUGUAUUACAAACGGGAAAUUGACAUCCGAUUCGGGUGUUGGGGCUGCAAUUUCCCGUUUAAUUGUAAUGCAAAAUGACUGAAAAUUGCAAACUUCUUAAGGCUCUAUUUUCCUCAUUUCACAACAUUUCGAAACGAAACUUUGGAAUAUUACUAAUUUUGUGAUGCUCUUUCAAGCUGUGAUGAAAUAUUUGUCUAGACUUGCAUAGAUCAAAAUUUUGGUUAUAAGGGGAAGGUCUAUUGAUAUCGGUGUUUAAAGUUGACUUACAAAUUUCCCCAGUGAAAUGGUUGAACACCAUUAUAUUUCUCGGCCAACAAGAUUACUUUUUCGUAGCGCAAUUUGUUAUUUUGUAGGCAGUUAAUGUACAGCCACAAUGGGAAUAAAGUUUCCCUCGAACAGGGCCUAUUCUAAGGAAAUUACAAUACUGCACACUUCAGAGCAGGUGUUAUUAAUGACGUCACUUCGCGACGGGGAGAAGAGAAAUUUUUAAAAAUGUUUCAAAUUAAUUUCAUUUUGAUGCAAAGGCAACGUGGAAUUCUCAACUUUGCAUUGCAUCUACUUUACUCCUUCGGCAUAUCUAAUACAAAGUUGAAAUUUAUUUUCAAAUUUCACAUUCCAAUACUCCACACUUUUGCAUUCAAUACCGCACGCUUUUUAUUCAAUACUGCACAAAGUGUGCAAUAAAAUAGGCCCUGCCCUCGGAAGGAAAGCAAGAGAAGCAAGAAACAAGGAAGAACGUAACAUACAACCAAAAUUAUAAAGAGAUACCUAACGAACAUUAUACAAUACUUAUUCAUUAUAGUUUGAGUCAAAUAUCCUGGACUGUGUGCUGUAUCUGUUAGAAAAUGAUCGACGAAUUAAGAAAAAACCUCUCAAAUCUCUUCAUAUGAGAAGCAGUGCUGUGUGGGUGUCCAGAAUUCUUUCCGCCAUGGUAAGAUUAUAUUUUACCAAAGUAUGAUAUCACACAUGAUUAACGCUAUGUUAUUCCACUUAUAUCAAUUAAAAUUAAUUCAUAAAUGAGAAAAUAUGUAUAAACGUUUUAUAGACACUUUUCUGGCCGGAUCCAGCAAUAAUUAUAAUCUAAUAUGCUGAUAAGUUGACAGAGCGCAUAUGGCAAUAUAAAUUAAGUUUGUCUUAUUUAAAAUGAUAUGUAAACUACCUGUACAAUUAUUCAGUAUCUUACUUGGUUUUCGAAAUAAAUCGACAUAGUUUGGUGAAAAGCAGCAUGCAUUCCCCGAUCUUGGAUAUGCAUUGCAUAUGCAUACGUCACAAGUAGGGUAAAACGCGAAAUAUUUAUCUUGCAAACCACAUGUCAUUAUCAAUAUGAAACUUGAUUUUCCGAGGCUUUUAUGGUACUCAAUUAACUCACAACAUUUUAGGAAACUUUUCGACAAAAUUUAGUCUUGCAUGUACAAGCUUCAACAAGCUAACCCUGCUUGUGACGUCAUCAAAAACUCAGUUAUUGAUUAUUGCCAUAUUACUUUAACCUACCUUUAAAUGUUAAUGAAUAGAAAUGUUUGGUGUAUAUAACAAAUGCUUUAUGGUAGACUGAAUAAUGCUCAACAGUGACGAACACAAUUUUUUUGUAUAGACAUGUAUCUCAUUAAUUUUGAAACUUGCAUUAUACACGUGAUUAGAUUAAUUCGCAAGACGAUGAUGGUGUAUUAAUGGGCAAUUGGUCGGCAAAUUAUGAAGGUGGAAGCUCACCAACGUUUUGGAAUGGCAGUGUGAAAAUACUUCAAGAAUAUUACGAAACAAAAAAGCCUGUUAGAUAUGGUCAAUGUUGGGUAUUUUCUGGUGUUUUGACGACAGCGCUCAGAGCAAUUGGUAUUCCAGCGAGAAGUGUGACUAACUACAAUAGCGCACACGACACAGACAACACAAUGACUGUUGAUACAUUUAUUGAUGAAGAAGGAGAAAGCGUUGAAGGUCUUAAUAAUGAUAGUACUUGGUGAGUAAUAAAAUGACAGAAUGGCGGCGUCCAUUAUGAAUCAAAACGCACCUCAAAAAUGUCUUCUGGAUUGUCUAUUGCUGAAUAAACAUUUCAAAACAUUUUACGAAGCAUUUCAAGUUAAAUUUUACAUUAAAUCAAAGCUCACAAAAUAUAACCUACCCACAGUAUAUAUUUCGGAAAUUUAUUGUUGUAUAAUUAGGAGUACUAAUCUUUCAACUAUUUUGCCGCUUUGUACAAAAAAUAUAAAAAAUUAAAAAUUAUCGUGUUGUCAUGGCAACACUUGAACGCGAGCUUGCGUUCAGUGUAGGCGAUUCCAUAAUACUUAAUAUACAAUUACUUUAUGGUUUCCGUGUUUGGAUGGCCUGAUCCAAACACGCGGGAAUGUUGCGAGAGUUAAGAAAAGCGAGCGAAAGCACGAGCCGAAGGCGAGUGAUUUUGCCCGCUUUUCUUAACUCGAGCAACAUUCCCAAGUGUUUAGAUCAGGCCAUCCAAACACGGAAACUAUAAUUGUUUUAUAAAAUAACAACAACACGAUAGUCUUCCGUGUUUGGAUGGCCUGAUCCAAACACGGGUUUCGACCAAUCAGAACACGCGUUAUAUACAUGUUAUUUUAUAAUGCUAAUUGAAUGUUUGGAAAAUUUAGGCGAGGGCUUGCUAGCCUGCUCACAGGCCGUUGUCAGGCGGAGAAGGGGAAGAGGAACGGCCUGCGACCUUUAUUAGUAAAAAGUCGAUUUAUGCGUACGGAGCAUACGCAAAAUUCCCAUUGGUCAGAAGUGCCCCAUGAGUUAAUAUCGUGCAAAUAUUUAACUCGUAUGACAUUUCGCAAUGUAAUUUUAAAGCUGGCAUGCAAUCAGUGGCGUAUAAAACCAUGACUUUGUUUAUCUCUUCGAAGAAGUAACUGAAUGUAUUUGAGAAACCUUUCAAUUUAAAUUAACGUUGAAGGAUGAGCGAAGGUUAGCAAUAUUAACUGUACUUCCAACGGGAUUUGAUAAAAGUUUACAUGUAAUAUACCGAUACUUUGUCUUUGUCAGCUAGAAUAAUAAACCUUUUCCAAAGAAGUACAAGGGAAAACUUCGACGUAUGCCUUGCUGAUCUUUGCAGAGAGAGUAAAAUAAGUCUAGUUCAGGCUGACAAUUUAUCUAACCGCGUUUGCAUCACUUGCGGUUUCAAACGUUGAACAACUUAAGGUUAGCCCAGCGAGACGUUCGUUGAGACACAGGCAGUGAAUCAGCUAGUAUAAAGCAGUUGAUUGUCAAAUGGCUCCGAACAUUUCUCCCAAAUACUUCCCUGUCAACCCAAGGCUUUCUGCCUAAACAAUCUGGUCUUGAAUAAGUCAAGAUAAUGGACUCGAGGAAAGUCGUUCUUAGAACACCUGGCCAAUUUGAAUUUACACCUGGAAAUUUUGCAAUAGUCGUUUGCGUGUUUUUUGACCGAAGUCCGCCCUCUCUUUGAGACUUUAUUUUUGGGAGUCUCAACUAGUGACAUAUAUUAUUACAACAAGAGCUUUUUACAAAAAAAUGUAGUUAUUAAACACGGCAGAAUCGAUGCCACGGCCACGGGUUUUCAAAUUGUCUAUUGUCUAUUGAGUUAAUUGUAUAAUUGAGCAAAUGACAGACUUCACGCAAUAAUGAUUAAUGUUGUUUUUUAGCCUGCUAUUGUUCGACACUUUUAAUAAAUAGUGUUUGUUACUUUGUUCAAAACCUAAAUACGUUUCCUUAAAUCUUACAGUUAUAUUUUGGAUAUAAAUAUAUAAAAUACAUUAACUAAUAGAGUAAAAUUUUACGUCUCUGUAGUAUAGUUACAUAAUUUAAAACGGCAAUGUACGAACAAGACAGCAAUAUACAAACGGGACUAUGUUUUAAAUAUUAGAACACUUUAGGGAAAAAACGACCAUGAAUUAUUUUUGAUUAAAGUUUAGACCUUGGAAUCCUAGUGAAAGAUACACGCGUAAAAUUGCGCGAGAAACUGUUUGUUGUUGUUAAUAACCUCUGGUAAUCUAAUUAACAAAACUUGCUUUGAUUGGCUACUAUUUACCGGAUAUUCAAUUAUCUCAAAGGGGGCGUAUUGAAAAAAUAUCAAUAAAAGUCGCAGGCUCUAUAUAAUAGAGCCUGUGAGCAGGCUAAGGGCUUGCUGAAUGCAUGUAUUUCUAGUUUUUAAAAUUACUUCGCCAAUGAACUCAUAAGAUGGGUCGUUCUUUAAGUACGAUAAAACAUUUGCAUCCGAUCUGUAUCUGAUGUACAAACUCUCCCCUUCGACUCGAGUUUGUAUAUCAGAUACAAGAUCGGCUGCUCAUGUUUUAUCUAUAACAAUGACUCGCACAGCUAUUCGUAUUUUAACUAGUACUUAUAAAACAUUAUUAACUAGAGGGCACUCAGAGACUGCAUACCUCCGCCCGUUACUCGGAAGUGAAACGCAACCUUGGAAUUUCCUAAGAAAUCCACUUUAUAAUUCUUAAGCAUAAAAGAUUUCAGGCCCCCGCGAAUUGAAAUCGAAUUGCUAAUAGAACAUAUUACUGUUGUUGUACUGUACAGUACUUGUAAAAUAAAAACUUAUUAAGUGUCAUUAAAUAAAUGCAUAAAUUUUGCUUUAUUCACUCGCGCGUGCAGUAAUUUUCACAGUUGUGCUAUUUUAAAUUCCCAGGCAGCUAAAAUCUUUUGUCUUUAAAACAAUGUCGAUUUCUUGGGAAAUUCCGAGGUUGCGUUCUUUUUAUACCCCCUGUAUAACCUGAGUAUCAGGCCGUACUUUUUAGGGCACAGGCACGCCUGAUCGUGGGCGAAGGGGAGAAAAGUACGGCCUGACACAAAAGUGGCAUUUUGCCUGGUUGUUCAGUCCAGAAUCUGGACUGAGCGCUGAUUGGCCGAUUAGACAAACGAUUUUUAAAUCUGUCAUUUGAUUGGCUGGUGCUAAUUAGAUUAUACUUUGUGCUAUUGUUGUUGAUAUAUUUUAUAACGAUCACAAUUCACAACUACAAUUAUAGCCGGCCCACUAAACGGCUGAAUUUAAAUUAAAACUGCAGUAAAAUUAGAAAAUAAUCGCAAAUUAGCGAAAUAUAUUGCAAAUGUAGCUUAUAUUAAAUCGCCAUCAGAUUGCACUAUCGACUGACGUAUAGUUAUAAAGUAUACUUUAUAAUUAUACGUCAGUUUGUUGAUAAAUACGGCAAGCGCCAUGUAAAGCUCAUUGUAGUCACUGAAACCUCUGCGGAGGAGAGAGCAAUCGGUUGGCGAUUUAAUAUAAGCUACAUUUGCAAUAUAUUUCGCUAAUUUGUGAUUAUUUUUGUUAAUUUUAUAAGUUCAUUGCAGUUUUAAUUUAAAUUCAGCCGUUUAGUGGGCUGCCUAUGCUAUAAUUAGAUUGUUGUUGUCGUUGCGUGAAAUUUAAAUUUCUCCUGCGACAUUUUGAUUGGAUACUAAAUAUAAACUUUGCUGUGGGCGGAAAGCGAUCAGGUUAAGUUUUGUGUCAGGCUCUAUUUGUAAAAUAGAGCCUGAUACUCAGGUUACCCCCUGUAUUGAGGUAAUCUAAUGUUGUUAGAAUUUGAAUGGACUGGCACUUUGCUGAACGUAAUAAUGCGUAACUCCGUAAGCCUUGUAGUUUAGACAUUGAAUUUCGGUCGCGUGAAAUGCAACUAAGACAAUAGAUAAUGAAGGCCGAAGCUUAAUAAAGUUUAUCUCAUUAUUGUCUUAGCACUGAGUGCAUAAAUUAUACACGUCCUAAUUACGCAUUCAGUAAUAUUUUUUGUUAAUUGACCGGGAAAAGCAAGACAAAAUUUUGUUCAUUUCUCGUUCAAUUUUUAACCAAAUUCAAACAAAUUUUAAUCUGUUCUUCGUUAGCCGAUGGGAAAUGCAUUCGAAAAAUUUCGUACGGAUAUGUUUGGUAUUUCUUGAGUUAUCGUGCUCACAGACAAACACACACACACAUACACACACACACACACACACACACACACACACACACACAUACACACACACACGCACGUACAAACCCAGAUGAUUACAUAACCUCCUGGCGGAGGUAAUAAUUCAUGAGCCUUUUGGCAAAUCAUGUGAACCAUAAUUUGUCACGUGAACUGGCUUUAUACCAUGCAGAUAAAACUCAUUUUCACUAGCGUAUACUUUAUAUAAAACCUAUCCUAUAGUUAGUAUAUAUUCCUUAUAUAUAAAGAAUACUAAUGAAACGGCAUAUAGUUGUGUUUUAAAUCAUUCAAUGACAUUUAAAGCUCUAAUAGUCGUGUUUUAUCCUAUCUAAAAUGCUCGCGCUGCGCAUUUGCAAAAUAUGAUACAACACUCCUACGCGUACUUUAAAUAGUAUACACCUGAAGAUCUGCAAAAUCCCUAAAAGUUUUGUCAAUGUUUUUUAUCAAUAUCCAUAGUCAAGCGAUUUGAAGAUCGUGUUCAACAAUUAUCUCAUUCAAACUCGUGUCUGAUGAAACUCGUUGUCACCUGUGACCUAAAGUUUUUAUUCGUGACUUGUCAUUGAUGAAGAAAUUUUUUACCGAAUAAAAGCGUGUAGAAAGUCAUGUUAUUUGUGCAUACACUUUAACAUUGCACAUUGCAAAAUCAAGCCAUUAUCUGUAAAUAUAAAUACAAACAGAAAUUUCUGUCAUUACAACAUACUGUAUGAGUACACUUGUCUGUAAACACCGUACAUUUUAUCCCCAAGGAAUUUUCAUGUAUGGAAUGAAAUCUGGACAAAACGUGAUGAUCUUCCUGGGAACAAAUACGAUGGUUGGCAGGCAGUGGAUGCGACACCUCAAGAGAAAAGUUCUCAACUCUACCAAAUGGGUCCCGCUCCACUGACUGCAGUAAAAGAUGGAGAAGUGUAUGCUGGGUUUGAUACAGGUUUCGUUUUCUCUGAAGUUAAUGCAGAUACUGUGACGUGGGUGGUCAAAAAAGAUAAAUAUGAUGAAUAUAAAAUGCAAAGUAUGUAUGUUAAUAUAUUUCUUUUAUAUUCUUGAUAUUUUAUUUUUUAUUGUUUCCUUACGUACAUAAGUUUGCUGUCUAUAAUAAUGUAAAUAAAAAAUUGUGUAGUAUAGUUUCUCGUGCAAUUUAGGAAAACAAACACUUGUGUGAGACAAAUUUAAUGGUUUAAUAAUGUAGACUACCCAAUUCUGAUUCGCCAACGGCGGUGCAAUUUCAUUGUAAUACAGUAUAAAACUAGAGGGCACUCAGAGACUGCAUACCUCCGCCUACGCGCAAAAUAUUGAAGUAAUCUAUUGUUAUUAGAAUUUGAAUGGCUGGUGCAUAUAUUAUGCACGUCCUAAUUACGCAUUCAGUAUAAAGUUUUAUUUAAUUGACCGGGAAAAGCAAGACAAACUUUUGUUAUUUCUCAUUCAAUUUUUAACCAAAUUCAACCAAAUUGUAAUCAGUUCUUCCUUAGCCGAUGGGAAAUGCACUCACAAAUUUCGAACGGAUAUGUUUGGUAUUUCAUGAGUUAUCGUGCUCACAGACAAACACACACACAUACACACACACAUACACACACACAUACACGCACACAUACAAACCCAGAUGAUUACAUAACCUCCUGGCGGAGGUAAAAAUGUACUUCAUUGCCAAAAAAGGUAAUACGUGGCAACUGCACGAUUUACGUCUGACAAUAGAACUUAACUUUGACAUCAAGUAAAUCACUUACAAUUAUUUCGCAUGUGUUGCAGGUAUGCACGUGAUUAUGAAUUUAUUCUGCAUAUAAUUUCUCAUUAAUUUCUUGUCCUUUAGACAAUUUUUAUUGCGAUUUUAGUCCUCAAUUGCACUCGAAAUCAUACUAUUACCUAUAUAGAAUUGAAUAAUUAAUUUACGCCUUACAUGAUCUUAGAAACUGUCAAACAAGUGAAAGACAGAGUUGGUAAAUACAUCAGUACUAAAAUGGUUGGCGGUUGGCAAAGAGAAGAUGUCACUCAUCUUUACAAAUAUGGCGAGGGGACAAAGGAAGAAAGAAAAGCAUUUGAAACUGCCUUUAGUUUUGGGCAAGGAGCUAAAGAAUGGGCUGGUCAUUUGAAUGUUGAGGAGGAGGGCGAAGAUUUAGUUCUUGGUAUGUUUUAAUGAACAUAUAGUCGUUUAUCCCUUACCACUUUCUCACCCAAAUUGAUUAUGUGGACGAUGUUAAUGUUUAGGUGCAAGCAUGGUUUGCUAAAACAAAAACCAUAUUUUAUGCUCAAUAAUUUCAAGAUAAUAUUUAUUAUAAUAUCAUAGUAAUAUAUUAGUGUUAUGUCAAAACUCUUUUUUCCAAUAAUUUAAGAAAAUCACUCAGUUUUAGAUGCCAAUUUUAUUAAGUAAUAUUUUGUCGUUGUUUCAUAACUGCUUUUGAAUUUAUCUCGUCUUUAGUGCGAAAUAAAGUAAAAAUUUAUUUCCUACACGGUACGUUUAAACCAGCUCCAUAGUAAUGUAAAUUUAAAGUAACGCAUAGAAAACCGUGAUUUCUUGAUUUUAAUGAGCCAUCUUCAAAAUGCUCCAACAUUUUUUGUUUGUUUUGGUAAUAUGCUUAUUCAUCUCAGGAGCGUUUUAUAAUAUAGUAAUAAUAAUUGCGUUUUAAAAUUUUAAUUUUCCAAUCUCAGUCUCAUAUAAAAUGAUAUUUUUCGUAUACCAAGCACUGAAAUAUUAAAAAAUGACCAACCGUCAGAAAGCUGAAUGGCUAAACUUUAAAAUACAUGUAAACAGAUAUAAAUUUUUCAAAAUUUACAUUUUUGCACCCGGAACAGGGAUAAAUGCGUUUACAUGAAUCAACUUGUUACUUGUAUACACAUAUUUGUUUGCUAUAGUUUUGCUAGUUGCAUUUAAACUAAUCACUAUUAUGAAGAUUAUGUACCAUAGAACAUUUAAUUUUUCUUUGUUAUAGAAUUGAGCACGAAGGAAGAAGAUCUCCGUGUGGGCAAGCCUGUCACGUGUGUCAUGAAUGUGAAGAAUAAAUCCAUGAAAUCUGUAACUGUUAACUUGACUGGUGUUAUCAGUUCCAUCAGAUACACUGGAGAUGUUUGGUCACUUGUCAAGAAGGAGAAGUUUGAAAAAGUAGAGAUUGGUAGUGGAAGUAGUAAGUUACAAAUAUUGUAAAAAACAAAACGUAACUACUACCCAAGAAAAUCGAACAUCUAGUUAAAACGCUGACGAAAUGAAUCAAAUGUCAAAAUUGUCCCAGUUAGAAUAUAUAAAAAACAUAUUCAUGAUAAGAUCAAUUGUAGGUGCAAAUUUUGAAAGGGAAUGUAUAUAAUUUUGAAAAAUAAUACUUGCAGGCUCUCACGCAUUUUUUCAAUGAUCAGAACUUGUCAAACUUGCUUAAUUAAUUGUUGCAUGCAUGCCCUGGAAUUCAGCCUUACUAUUGGAAAUCACCCACAACACCAUCUCCUUGAUCGAUCAUUCGGUAAUAGUAUUCUGUGAUUUACCGCUAUUUUACCUCUUUCCCUUUUAGCUGUAGUAAGGGAAAUAAAGUUGGAACCUGAUGAGUACAUAAGUAAUCUAACAGAUCUUAACUGUUUAAAGUUCAUUUCGAUUGCUAAAGUUUUGGAAAACAAGAAACUUUAUGUUGAUGAAACCAAGUUUCAACUGUUCAAUCAGGAUUCCAUCCAGAUCAAGGUCAGUCAAUGUUACCUAAAUGUUUGCGUCACUGUGUUAUAACAUGCCAUGAAUAGAUCAUGUUUUCCAAGCACAUGCUGAACGUUUUUAGUAAACAAAGAGGAUUUGCCAAAACUGUCAGUAUAGUCAAUUGUCCUUGUGGUCGUUGUUAUGCCAUUGUUCUUAUGUCGUUAUUGUUGUUACUGGGGCAACAUUACUAUUGGCGUUGUCUCUGUUGCUGUGGCUUUGAGUUCAGCCAUAUAACAUUCUUUGGCCGGAGAGUGCACGUUUGUUUGUUAAUAUGUUUCAUCCUGACAGCGCAUCAGCCUCUAUUUCUCUAAAAUACAAGUUGCAGUUACUCCUAUGAAUAAACCAGUAUAAAUGGAUCAUUGAUUGUGAUAUCUGUAAUUGACAAAAAAUUGCCCGUUAAUUUGGUUAUGUAGUUUAACAAAUCACCACUUCAAGUUGGAGAAGAGACCGAAGUUGAGGUAUCGUUUACAAACCCUCUACCAAUAAAGUUGUCUUACAUCAAAAUCAGUAUUGAAGGAGCAGGGUUAGCAUACUUGGAUACAAAAACGUACAGGUAAAGUAGUUUAAGUUAUCCUAUUAGUGUCUUAUAACACAGUAUAAACCGAAUUAAAAUAACUUUCGAGAUGCUUGGGUUUUGAAAGCCAGCAAGAGGAAGACUAAAAGCUCAAAAUAAAUGACACUACCUCGACUUCAUUUUGGACAGUCAAACUUGCUUAUCUCAACUUAGACCCAACUGUAUUUACAGUUAAAGUAUUUUGGUCAAUUGAAAUUGCGCCAGCUGAAAAUUAUAUGCAAUUUCAGACCUACAGUAUCCAGGAGCUGUUGCAAAACUACUGCAGGCUUUCUGACAUGAAUGGAACUUGCGACCCUGCGAUUCUGGUGCAACGCCACAAUCAAUUCAGCAACUGGGUAUACAUGCAGUAGUUGUCAAGCUUCAACCACAAGUUCUUAUAGGUUUAUUUUUAGUUCUCUUAGUUUAAAAUUGACUACGAUCAGAAACAACUAUGUUGCAAUAGAAACACCAGGCGGAAAACGAAUUCUAGUUAAAAAUAUUAUUGCCCAGCAAAUAACUCGUAAAAGAGGCAUAUUCAAAAAACAUUUGGAAUUUAAAAAAAAAAUUAUUGAGUAACGUUUCGUCACAUUACAAGCGACAUCAUCAGACUAAAUACAGUUAAGCUAUUUCAUCUAUUUUAUAGCAAAUUUUGAAAAAAUAUAUGAUAUACAAUUACAAACGGUUAAAAAGUUAAAAUUAGAAAUAUACAAUGUUCAUGGUAUAUUGACAUGUACAAGAUAUAUACUGAGAUUAGUGAAAGAUAUAGAUUAAAAAAGGAAUGUCAAGUGGUUAGCGUCGGUGUUAAAAGAUGUUAGCAAAUUAACAGAAGAAAAUACCUAAUUAGAAGAGUGUUAACGGAAAGGAUCACGGACAUUAUUAUUAAGCCAUGGUUUAGUUUGAGCAAUUAGCAAGCUUUCUUUAAUAAGAAUAUCAUGGUUAGAAUUAGCUGAAGUAACAAUUUUAAAACCACUUGGUUCAAUUGGAUGACCGGCUUGUCUAGAAUGAUCCGAAAUACUAGAUUUUGACACACACGAAAGAGGAUUGCCAGUCAGAGCCGAAAUUCCGCAAUGCUCGGAGAUUCGUGUGUACUGUAUAAAUGUCGGCAUGUUUUGCCCAAAUACAAUGCGUUACAGCAUUGACACUCAAAUUGAUACACGACAUGAGAUCUCAGAUUAAGAGAAAUACGAUCUUUGAAAUGGAAAAAAUUAGACAAACGGCAUAUUGGUUUAAAAAUCACACGUAGUUGUACUUGAGGAAAAGCCGAGGAAAUGUCUAUGCGCAUCGAUACGCAUCUAUCUAUGAACAAUUUUGGGUAACCAUUUUGAAGUAGUAACUUUUUGAAUUUUUCAAGUUCAGCGUGAAAAAUUUUAUAGGAGGAGCAGAUGUUGAAACAACGAAACAAAAGAGGAGAAAAUUAAACCUUUUUUGUAAGCAGUGGGUAACAACUUUCAAAAUUUGUAAAAAGACCAGUAAAAGUUGGUUUUCGAUUUUCUGAUGUUUCAAAUUUACCAUUAACACGUUUAAUACUGAUAUCCAGAAAAGGCAGAGUUUUAUUAUCAGUUUCAAUUUCAAAAGUAAAUUUAAUGUUUGGAUGUUUCGAGUUAAGGUAAUCAAGGAAAGGAACAAUAUGAUCACGUGAGUUAAACAAUGCAAACGAGUCAUCAAUCCAUAUGCUUGAGGUGAUCGCGUAUCACGAUGUGAUUCUGUUUAGUAAUUAUUGUUAAUAAUCGUUUUGUAAUUUGACACUGAUUCGGUUAUCUUCAUCUCGGCCCAAAGUUUUUACUGGUGUUCGAGCGGGGUUCUUCUGUAUAUAUCUGAGUGAACCGUACCUACUGUAUAAAGGCUGGUAUACACUGUCAAAGUUUCUGUCAUUACUGUGGGAAUUUUUCCUAGGUAAAUAUUCUAAGUUUUGAAAAAUUUGUAAAAAAUCUUCGAAGAAACUGAUUCAGUAUCUAACACUGUUUUUAAUUAAUCUUUUAAUGAUCAUUAGAGAAUUUUUUACUUUUAGUAAAAGCCUUCAGUAUGAUAAAACACAGACUGCGAAGUUCAAAUUUACACCACGGAAGCCAGGAAAGCGCACAUUACUUGUUGAUGUGGAUACAACACAGGUGAAAGAUUUCAAAGCUGCUGCUGAUGUUGAAGUUCUGCCUUUGAAAGAUUUUGGCAGAAAGAAUUAAAUAAGACACAAAUUUUAUAAUUGUUUUAUUAGUGUUUUUUAUUAGCAGUUAAACCAUAUAGUAUAGACUGAUUGUAAUAAUUAAGAUAUCUACUGAUCUAACAGGAUGACUGCAUAGCUAGUAUUGGUACGAUAGAAUGAAGCCAGUGAGUUAAACAAUGAUAGCAAAAAAUCCGUCACUCUAAGCGACCUUAAGAAAUAAAUAACUUUUAUUGAGGUUGCUUAUCGGCAAUAUAUUUGAGACUUUGAAAAAAGAUUCCUAUCGUUGGCAACGGGGUGGAGUGCACAAAAUGCACUGAACAGAAAAAUUGAAAAGGCGAGUUCCAACUUUUAAGAAAUAGGAGUCGAAAAGUGUGCAUGCUGUCCAUUGCAGUAGCGCAUUAGUCCUUGCGGCUUGUGCGAUCUUUAAGGAUAAUUGCUGUCUCUGCGAGCUCGAAUGUAUUAGGGGUAUAUUUUACUCUUGCCGCUAUCAUGUUGUCUGCUAUGGUUGCAUCAAUCGUGUAACAAGAUGCUUUCCACACAAGACAUUCCUGACUGGUAAGACGGGUUUUUAGUUAUUAUUAAUUAAGGUAUAUGAUAAAUUUUAGUCCGUCGCAGAUGUAUGCAUUUUAGUUUUUAAGUGCCCAAAUGAUUUAGUUCCAGUAUAUCUAAAUGAUUAUUUUGUGAGGAACCGUAGUGUCCGUUAUCCACAAAUAUAACACUAGAUGAAAAAAUGAUGCACAUCUUCCGAAACCAAAGCUUAUUCUAGGCAAAAUAACUUUUAGAUUUUCUGGAACAUUACUCUAUAUAAUAUAUUUCUAAAUAGAUAAAGAUUGCUACAACCUUGUCCAGCUUUAGUUAAGCAUCUGAUCCAGAAACAUUGCUUCUAGGCUAAUAUUAGCAUAAUAUUGAUAUUGUGAUCAUACUUUGAAUUUUAAUCGUAAAUAAUUGUAGAUGAUAUUUUUGAAUGAAAUGGUAGAUGAUGGAUUAGUUUUUGUUGCAUGCCUAUAUAUGGGCAUGCAACUUUCAUAUAGCUCUAAAUUUCGUGUCGCGGUGUACGGGUGGUGGUAAAUCACGUGACAGUUCGUAAAAUACGACAAAUACCGAGUCAGUCCGACGAGCAAUUUCAUGUGAUGUGAAAGUUGAAACUUUAAUAUGC